AUGCUUCGACCAACGACUCUUCGGUCUACCCCAAGCACCGCACCCGUGCUUGCCGUUCUGCUAUUGCUGCUCCUCUCGGGCACGCACUUCCCACUCCCAUGGCUGCCCGCGGCGCAUCCACGGCCGCCGCCGCUGCUGAUGGCGGCGGCGGCUGGGGGAGGGAACAACUACGGCGCCGCGCUCGCCCUGAGCAUCCUGUUCUUCGAGCAGCAGCGGUCCGGGAAGCUGCCGGCCAAUCAGCGAGCCAAGUGGCGCGGGGAUUCCGGGCUGAAUGACGGCAAGGACGUCGGAGUGGACCUAUCCAAGGGCUACUACGACAGCGGCGACAACGUCAAGUACGGGCUGCCCAUGGCGUUCACGGUCGCGACGCUGGCGUGGGGAGUGGUGGAGUACGGUAGCCAGCUGGAGGCGCAGGGGCAGCUGCAGUACGCGCUCGACGCCGUGCGCUGGGGCGCGGACUAUUUUGUUAGCGCGCACCCCGAGCCCAACGUGCUGUACGCGCAGGUGGGAGACGGCAAUUCGGACCACGCGUGCUGGCAGCGGCCCGAGGACAUGACCACGCCGCGCACCGCGUACCGCCUCGACGCCGCCAAUCCGGGCACGGAGGUCGCCGCGGAGGCCGCCGCCGCCCUCGCCGCCGCGAGUCUCGCGUUUGUCGCGAGCGACAAGGCGUACUCGACGACGCUGCUGCGACACGCGCGCGAGCUGUUCUCGUUCGCGGACAAGUACCGGCGCACGUACACGGCCAGCAUCCCCUCCGCCGCCACUUACUACCAGUCCUACUCCGGCUUUAACGACGAGCUGCUGUGGGCGGCGGGGUGGCUGUACCGCGCGACAGCGGACGAGCAGUAUCUGGGGUACAUCCGCGCGAACAGGGACGCGCUCAAGGGCGCCGCUACCACCGCCAAGAUUCGCUACCACCGCCAAGAUGUUCUCCUGGGACGACAAAUUCGCCGGCGCGCAGGUCGUGCUCUCGCAGGUGUGGCCUCGCCUCCCUCUCCUCCUCCUCUCGCCCACUACUCCUCAUCUCCCUCUCGCUUCCUCGCUUCCCUCUCCUCCCUAUCCUCCUCUCUGCUUCGUCUCCUCCCUCUCUUCCUCGCGUCCCGCUCAAUCGUGCAUGCGCCAAUCGAGCAUGCGCCAUUCGUGCAUGCGCCAAUCGUGCAAUCGUUUCAUCUCCCCCUGCAUCGCAAAUGCUACAAUCCUCCAUGCAAUAGCUGUCCCUGGCCCAUCUCCCCCUCUCCCCUUUCUCAAUCUCACCUCCACUUAUCACCCUCCUUCCACCCCGCUCUCCCUCUUUGUCCUGUCCGCUCCCACUCUCCUCCUCCCGCCUGCCCUCGAGUGCUGGCGCUGGUGGCGGGCGACAGCAGCAUGCAGGCGUACGCGGAUCAGGCACAGCAGUUCAUGUGCAACGUGCUUUCCGGCUCUAAGACGCCUGGCGGGCUGCUGGUGUUCUUACCGUGGAGCAACCUGCAGUACGUGACAUCAGCGUCGCUGCUCCUCACCGUCUACUCAGACUACCUCGACCGCGCCUCUGUGGGCUCCUUCAAGUGCGCCUCCGGCCAGACACUCACGCCCAAUGACCUCCGGAACAUGGCGCAGAAACAGGUGGACUACAUCCUGGGCAGCAACCCCAAGGGCAUGAGCUACAUGGCGGGGUACGGGGCGUACUACCCCACGCACCAGCACCACCGCGCAGCGUCCCUGCCGUCCAUCAAGAGCAGCCCCGCUUUCAUUGCGUGCGGCGACGGCUUCUCCUUCUUCCACACCGGGAACCCCAACCAGAAUGUGCUGGCAGGGGCACUUGUCGGCGGCCCCGAUGCCUCAGACUCUUUCACGGACGUCCGGGGGAACUACCAGCAGAACGAGCCGAGCACGUACGUGAACGCGCCUCUGGUGGGCGUGCUGGCUCGCAUCGCCGGCGGCACGGAGAAGAUCCCUGUCACUCACGCCGACCCGGGCCCGAUUAGCGCGCCCAGGGGACCGCGGCCCAAGGGAGAGAAUGGAGGGGGGAGCGGCGGAGGGAGGGGGCCACCGAAGAACACUGGCGGCAAGCCCAGCAAUGGCAAUAACAAUGGCGGCAGCAAGGGCAGCAGCGGAGGUGGCAACAACAAGGGCAGCAGCGGGGGAGGCAGCAGCAAGGGCAGCAGCGGAGGUGGCAGCAGCAAGGGCAGCAGCGGAGGUGGCAGCAGCAAGGGCAACAGCGGGGGAGGCAGCAGCAAGGGCAGCAGCGGGGGAGGCAGCAGCAGCAAGGGAGUGCGGCGGCUGGUGGUGCAGACGAGGCAGACGGCCGUGUGGAAGGACAAGAGCGGGCAGGAGGUGGCGAGGUACAAAGCCAACAUCACCAAUGUCAGUGGAGGGCGACUCAAUGCCGUCACUCUCAGGCCCAGCAACUUCCAUGUCUCGAGCUACUGGGGACUAGUUUGGUCGGAGAAGCCCCGGGGACUCAGGAUAGUGGAGAACGGCGGGAACAUGGAGAAGGGUGCGUCUGUGGCAGUGGUGUACAUUCAACCGGGAGGAAAGGCGCGUGUAAUUUGCCAGCUAGCCGACGCAGAGGGCAAGUUGGCCGGCAAUCCCGUGGACAUUCCGCAAGACGCGGGGCCUAGGGAAUUGACGGCGCUACUUAACGCGAUCCUUAACAAUGAGGAGAGGCUACCAUACGCGUUCUACAUAGACGACAGGGAGGUCUCAGAGCCCUUAGGGGAGCACCUCAGACAACACAAAGUAUCGGUGGAGAAGGUACUGUCCAUCGUGUACCAGCCACAGGCCGUGUUCCGAAUCCGCUCCGUCACGCGCUGCUCCGCCACCAUCCCAGGCCACACAGAAGCAGUGCUAGCAGUUGCGUUUUCCCCGGACAGCAAGCAGCUAGCGAGCGGGUCAGGCGACACAACAGUGCGGUUCUGGGAUGUGGACACGCAGACGCCGCUCAAGACGCGUGCGGGGCACAAGAACUGGGUGCUGUCGCUGGCAUGGUCGCCAGACGCCAAGUGGCUCGCCACGGGGGGCAUGGACGCCCACGUGCUGCUGUGGGAGUCGCCCGCUGGGGAGAAAGACCCGGUUGCUCUCAAGGGCCACCGCAAGUGGAUAACGGCCAUAGCAUGGGAGCCGGCGCACGUGGCGCUGCCGUGCCGGCGCCUGGCGAGUGCAAGCCGAGACGGGGACGUGCGCGCGUGGGACGCGGUGCGGCGCACCACCGUGUUCAUACUGACGGGGCACACACUGGCUGUUACCAGCCUGAGAUGGGGCGGAGAUGGCGUGAUUUACUCGGGUUCCCGGGACUGCACAGUGCGCAUGUGGAGUGCUGCCAACGGCGCUGCCCUGCAGCAACUCAAGGGCCACGGGCACUGGGUGAACUCGCUGGCGCUGAGCACCGACUAUGCGCUCAGAACAGGCGCGUUUGACCACAGGGGAGUCAACGGCCUCCCUGCAACAGACGAGGAACGCAAGGAGAAGGCGCGAGUGCGGUACGAGGCAGUGAAGGGCGCGAGUGGGGAGAGGCUGGUGUCGGGAUCAGACGAUUUCACCAUGGUGCUCUGGCACCCCGCUGCUGCCAUGCAGCCCAACUCCCCGCUCGCUGCCGCUCUUAAAGCCAAGCUCACCGGCCACCAGCAGCUAGUGAACCACGUGUGCUUCUCCCCCGACGGUCGCUGGCUGGCGUCAGGCUCGUUUGACAAGAGCGUGAAGCUGUGGGACGGGGUGUCAGGCCGCUUCGUUGCGUCAUUCCGUGCGCACGUCAGCCCCAUCUACCAGCUCUGUUGGUCGGCUGACAGUCGUCUUCUAGUGAGCGCCAGCAAAGACAGCACUCUCAAGGUGUGGGACCUUCAAACGCGCAAAGUGAGGGAGGAUCUACCAGGGCAUGCGGAUGAGGUGUUUGCUGUUGAUUGGAGCCCAGAUGGCACCAAGGUGGCAUCAGGGGGGAAGGAUAGGGUAUUGAAGCUAUGGAUGACGUGA